AUCUCAAAGUUCGGCUUGAUUCAACUCCUUUAGAAACCUAGCUGAGCUCGAAUUCGAAUUUUAAGCUCGUAUGGUAAAUUGAGUCGAGCUCUAACACUAAAAAAAACUCUACUCCUUUAUAACGAACCAAACUUGCCUCAUUUAUAACGGAAACUAGCUCAAGUCUUUCAAAGCUGAGCUCUGCUUGCUUGCAUCCCCACUCUUAUAUAUCACCAGUUGAUAUUUUCAGCUCCGACAAGGGAGAUCUCUCUCCCCUCUCUCUCUCUCUCUCUCUCUCUAAAGACAACUCACUCUCACUCCAAUCAUUUUUUUUCACACAACCAUGCUACUGAGGAGCUCGUCAAGUCCGAUUCUAAACUCAUGGGCAAGGCUUCCCAAACGGGCCAAACCGGUAGUAGAAUCCUCGCCGGAGCCCGACCUCUCUCUCCCACCGAAAAGAAGCAAGUCCUUGUCCCUAACGCGGUCGUGUUCCUCUGCUCUGAUAACAUCACCUGACCCGCCGAGGAACCUGACCAGGUCCUUCUCGGAGCUCAAGGCCACGAGCGGAAGACCCCCUGUCCCGACCCUUAGUAGAACAACGUCGUUGUCGUCUGUGAUGGCCGCGGAAGGGAAAGAGAAGGAGGUGGGACCCGGUUCAAGUUCAGUUGAUUUGCUUUUGUUAGCUGUAGAAGGUGGGGGUGGUGGUGGGACUUGCGGUGGCGGUGGUGGAGGGAGAGGAUCGGACGGUGGAGAUGGGGGUAAUGAUUUUGGGAGGGGAUGUGAUGGUACGGAUGCUUAUUAAGGCGAAUCCUGGGAAUGGUCUUUUACUUGGGAACUACGCCAAAUUCUUGAAAGAGGUUCGAGGAGAUCUUGCAAAGGCUGAAGAGUACUGUGGGAGGGCAAUUUUAGCAAACCCAAAUGACGGGAAUCUUCUAUCGCUCUAUGCUGAUCUGAUAUGGGAAGCCAAAAGGGAUGCUGAUAGAGCAGAAACUUACUUUGACCAAGCUGUGAAAACCGACCCCGAUGACUGUUAUGUGAUGGCUUCAUAUGCUCGAUUCCUUUGGGAUGCCAAAGAGGAAGAGGAAGACGAUGAAGAAGGGGGGCAUGGUGGAACUGAAAGCGGCCGUACAAUGUCACCAGAAUUUUUCAAAGGGGCGUCUCAUCACCAGCCUUUAACUGCAGCUUCUUAAAUCAAACACUCAUCUUUCUGUGGCCUUCACUAUGGUUGUCAUGAACUAGGUUAGUGAACUAAUUGUUAACAUAUUAAUAUAUAGUAGCUAUGCGGUUCUCUUUUCCUUUUUCUUUUCUUCUUUUAUUUUCCAUUUUUUCCCUCCUAUUAUGUUGAGUAGAGCGUAGUGUAACCUUUAAGUGUAAGAUAGUGUAAAUUUCUCACACUAAUGAAUAAAUGUUUUGGAAAUCCUUCAGCAUUGGUGACGUGAAGGAACAUGUAGAGUAUUCCCCUCUCUCUCUCUCUCUCUCUCCGAAGACAUGUUUGUUACUGCCAUUCUGAAAGACACUCGAUCCAUGAAAAGAAAUGUUAGGAUACAUGACAUCACUUUGACGUGUAUCACUUUCACAUGUAUUGUGAUUAUUUCAAACCAAGAAUAUGUAUUUUCAUUUUUUUUUCAUUUGAAGCGAGGUUGAUAAUAAGGGAAAUGGCUGCACCGCCAGUGAAUUUUACUCGA